GGACGCGUGUGUGUGUGCGUGUGUGAGCGGUUUGUACGUGCGCAAGGACAGCGCUUCGGGGGACAAGGUGAACACGGCGGCGGACAGAGGUUUUUUUGGGGGGGGGGUUGGGGGUGGGAAGCAGUUUGUACCGAGAUUCAGACGAGGAAAGUUGAAGCGUUUCACCGGUCGCUGAUACGUCGUGCGUCCUGGACACGAGCUUGUACUGCGUGCUGUCCUUUCAUAACCGGCGCUUGCUGAGACCAGAGGGUUCCCUGCGAGAGGGAGCACAAGGCAAACAUCAUGGCUUUAGCAGGAUGCCCUGACUACUUUUUACGUCACUCAAACUACCAGGAAAGGAUGGAGCGCUCUUCCUCCCGCCGGCCUGAGGAGCUGAUCGUUUCCGGCUUUCAGCGCACAGCCAGUCAAGCUUCGCCACAUCACCAUGCUGCCUCCACAGAUGACGACGUGGACCUGGAGCAGCUGGUGAAUGACAUGAACUCCUCUGUGGAGAGCGUUCAGUCCACGCAGGCAGAGACGGCUCUCCUCCUAAACAACGGUCACAUGCACACGACUCACCACCACCACGCUGCCCAUCUGGGACACGGCCAGGUCCACCGUCGCCACACCCCGCCCCUGCGGCCCUCGCCACCCUCCAGGGAAGGACUGAAGCACUCGCAGCCCAUGCACAUCCAGGCUGUCAGGUGCCUAAAGGAAGAGCAGCACCUGCGUCCCGCCUCCCUGCCCGCCAUCCCCAACCCUUUCCCAGAGCUGUGCAGCCCAGCAGGAUCCCCCAUUCUCAGCCCGAUUCAGACCUCCGACAGCCAUAUCGUGAAGGUUUGGAGCGAGGAUGGCGCCGGCAAAGUGGUGGAGAUUCCAGCCGACAUGACGGCGAGAGACGUGUGUCAGCUGCUGGUCUACAAGAGCCACUGCGUGGACGACAACGCCUGGACUCUGGUGGAGCACCACCCCGUCCUCGGCCUCGAGAGGUGUGUGGAGGACCACGAGCUGGUGGUUCAGGUGCAGGCCUCCAUGAGCAGCGACAGUAAAUUCCUCUUCAGGAAGAACUAUGCCAAAUAUGAAUUCUUCAGGAACCCCCUCAACUUUUUUCCAGAGCAUAUGGUGGCUUUGUGUCAUGAGUCUGACGGUUCGAUCCCUCAGUCACAGCUCUUACAGAAUUUUCUGAACUCCAGCAGCUGUCCUGAGAUCCAGGGCUUCCUGUAUGUGAAGGAGCCAGGAAGAAAGUCCUGGAAGAAGCUCUACAUGUUCCUGCGACGCUCAGGCCUUUAUUACUCAACUAAAGGAACAUCCAAGGAACCCAGACAUCUGCAGCUGCUCUCAGAUCUGGAGGACAGUAACAUUUACACCAUCAUCACUGGGAGGAAGCUUCACAACGCCCCUGCAGACUUCCAGUUCUGCAUUAAGCCCAACAAAGCCAGGAGUGACUGUAAGGAGCUCAAGAUGUUGUGCGCCGAGGACGAACAGAGCAGGACGUGCUGGAUGACUGCCUUCCGACUGCUCAAAUACGGGAUUGUCCUGUACCAGAACUACAGUGUGCCCCUGCAGAGGAAGGCUAACAACUCGUCUUUCCCUGGGCCCGUGCGGAGCGUAUCCGAGAACUCGCUGGUUGCCAUGGACUUCUCGGGACGAACCGGCCGCGUCAUCGACAAUCCCGUCGAGGCCCAGAGCGCCGCCCUGGAGGAGGGACAAACUUGGAGGAAAAGAACCCACCGUAUGAAUGUCCUGGGCAGCCCCAGCCCCCUGCACCCAUCCUCUAUGAACACAGUCAUCCAUAGGACACAGGUGUGGUUCCACGGUCGUAUCAUGAGAGAGGAAGCCCACAAAAUGAUCCUACAACAAGGCCAAGUAGAUGGGUUGUUCCUGUUGCGGGACAGUCAGAGUAACCCCAAGGCAUUCGUGCUCACCUUGUGCCACCACCAGAAGAUCAAGCACUUCCAGAUCCUACCGGUCGAGGAGGACGGCCAGGUUUUCUUCAGCCUCGACGACGGCGCCACCAAGUUCACGGACCUGAUCCACCUGGUGGAGUUCUACCAGCUCAACAGAGGAGUGCUGCCCUGCAAGCUCAAACACCCGUGCACCGCUGUGGCCUUGUGACACUUCACCCACCUGACACAGCUCUCGCCCCCACUUUUUUUGCACAUCAGAAGAUUUUCCCCCAUUGGCUGCUCCCUCACCGACUAGGCGGGUUUGAGGAGAAACAGCAGAAGGCUGCGGGGUUUCUGGGGAGCGGACUCGGCUCCGGCACCUGGUUUGUGGUGUUUUUCUCCGCCUUACCGCCGUCCGGACUGUGGCGUCGCGGCGCUAGCUUUGUCCGGCUCCAGCGACGUUCCUUUUUUUUGUUGUUGUUGUUGUUGUUUUCCCUGGAGGGUCCGGUAGGUUCGUCAAACGCCAAAAAAAAAGUUGUGAAAACGCAAGACCACUACAGCGACAUGUUUUACAGCAGGAGUGUUUGAGGGUCUUUCGAAUUGAUCUCCCAAACCCAAACGCCGUUCUCCUCCCCUCCAGGCCGGAUAAGCUGUGGCGCCCGCAGGGAGCGCCACCCUCUGACUUCCUCACUGAUUAUCAGGGAUGGACGGGAACCUCGCUGGCUCCGACUGAAACCGGUUCCAGGAGUUUCUCAACCUGUGCAGUCCAGUCUGGAUAAGCUGACACCCCGUCCCUCUCUCCUCACCAUGUUAGCGGGUUGAAAGUGACGUAUCCACAACCCCCCUCCAACUCCACACACUUUGGUGCAACCCCCAAUCCUGUCGCCUCCUUAGAAGGUUGGGACAGACUGACUGACGGACGGACGGACGGAGGGAAGAAGCGGCCGAAGGCGAGACGAGCAGAGCAGCGGCGAUGGCGAGGGUUCGCUUAAAAGAAAAAAAAAGGACAGAGGAAUGUUUAAUCAGGAAGGCCGUAACAAGCCUCUCUUGUAGAGUUAAUUACUUGAUGUCAUUUAAUGCUGUUUUUUAUUCAUGUCAAUUCAAUGCAGAACUAGUUUUGCACUCCUGAGCGGACAGGCAGCAGCUCUCUGGCUAAAGCGAAGCCGCCUCCUUUUUCUCCUCCACUCCGUUUCUGCAAAAGGCGCCCGCACGCAGGCCUCCGCCCGCUCCGAUUGGACGGCGGCGGCGGCGGCGUGGGGUGGAGUUCCAGUUGACUAUGCAGCUCCCAGCAGAGAGGCUUAGGAGCGUCUGGUGUGGCUGGCAUCGUCAUCAUCAACACCACCGCGAUUUAAUGAAUGUGCUCCUGAACCAGCUGCAGCUCCUCAAGACUCUGAGGAGGAGGAAUGCUAAUUUUAUAGACUCCUGAAAAGUGUCCAGCCCCCCAAACUUCUACCGUUUCUUUGUUGUUUUUCUUGUUUUUCUCUUUUUUUUUUUCCUUUUUAGUCAAAAGGGUUAUAUUUGUGGAUGAAUCUGUUUCUGAAUGUUUUCCUGAGUCUAAUGCGAGUUCAGUGCUUGCACGUUUUAGUCAUUCUGAUUGUGGUUGGAGCUGUCCCGUUCGGAUCCUGACCACUGUUCCCUCCUACAAAGCAACAAAAGCACUCUCGUAACUUCUUCUUCUUCUUCUUCUUCUUCUUUUUUUGUUUUGUGGUUUUGUUUUGUUUUUAACUUUAAAUAUGGAAUUUGAACAAAUGACUUGAAAUGUGAACCCGGUCGUCCGUCGACUGAGCUUCACUUGCCUUAAGUGAAAAUGAUGAGCCAUGCGUAUGAAAUUGAAGAAGCGAUCUUAAAAUGCACAUACAGUGAGACGUUUGCGAUUGGAAGGCAGUGGAAGGACAUCUGGAGUGACUAUGUGAACCAGUAUGUUGACGGAUGGCGCUAGAUUUUGGGAAAUGAUCUUUUUUGCUUUUUUGUUGUUGUUUUUUUUUUUGCCACUUUUAGAGCUGUAUGCUAAAUAUGGAGGGGUUUUUUUUAUUGUUUUUUUUAUUUGCGCUUGUAAAUUUAUUAAAAAUAAUUUGAGGUUUUAGUUGAACAAAAGCUUGAAUUUUACUCUUGAGAUUAUAAACUGAUAUUUAAGUUACACGUUAAUGAAAAAAGCAUUGACGUUUUUGUUUUGUUUUUUAAAAUAUAAAUUAGGUUUUUUUUCCAGAGCUACAUUUCUGGAUGCUUGUGCUAUCUUGAUUGUCAAAAUUAUUAUAUUUCUUAUUUUAUUUUAUUUUUUGUGUCCUGAAUUUUUACCCACAUCCCUCAUGUUAAUGUUUUUUAAUUGACAAAAGAUCACAGCUUCAUAUUUACCAGAGAGCCAAUUAUCUUGUCUUAAGUCUUGAACUUUAAGGCACAAAUUUAUAGAUUUGUCGAUUUUAAAAUAAACUAACAGGACCCACAUGACAAUGGGAACGUUUACAUGCACUGCAAUAUUUCUUAUUAACCCAGAUUAGAAAUUUUCCUGGCUGAUGGCUGACAUGUUGGGUAUUGGUUUCCAAAAUUGCCAAAAAUGUCAUAAAUAAAUAAAUCAUUCAAUAAGUUAUUUUUCCUUAAACCAAACAAAAAAACAAUGUUUCCCAUAGCAUUCAAAUUGUUUUUAGAUUCAUAAGGUAUUUAUGUGAAAUUAGUUGAAAUCUGUUAUAAAAUAGUUUUGUAAGUAUUUAUUAAGUUUUCUCAUGGUUUAUUUGUUGCGGGACACAAAAAAACCCUUUAAAUGUCUCUGUGGCUUGUCACAUAAUGUGUGAUUGGUUUAUUUGCACAAACUUCAAACCAAUCAUCUUCUUGAGAGCAAUGUUAGCCCCGCCCACUUAUUUUGAUGGGUAAGGCUCCCAUUGAAAAUAAAUUAGAAUGAGCUGCUGUCCUUGAAAUGGAUUAAUAAUAGGGGAAAAAAAUGCAGGAAACCUAUUCUAAUUGUAAACAUUACAGUUCUGGUGUAUUUGUUAAAUUAUAGAUUUUAUAAAUUAUUUUUGUUUUUUUCGUGUAUUUGUUAAAGAUAGUAACAUAUUUAAGUAACCAUUUUAAUUAAUUAUUGUUUAUGAAAUUUGGGCACUUUUGGACUUCCGUAAUAACCAGCCUUCGCCAUCAUCUUACUUUAUACAAGCGAGAAAACCUCUACGAUGAAACCACUUGCCUGGAUUUUGUCAUAUCUACAGUCAGAUUUUGUCAUAUCUACAGUCAGAGUAAGAAAAAGUUCAACCCUUUGGGAUCCUGACUGAAGUUCCACAAUCUUUAACGUAAAAGUGAGGAGCGUUCAUGGUAACGCUGAGGUAACGGAGCAAAAACUGUAAGUAGGAUCGGCAUGAAAAUGUGGAAAAAGUCUGCCUGCUGUUGGGUGUGAUGGAGGAUCUGUGAUGGGUUUAAUAAAAUCUUAAUUAUUACGAUGUGGAGAGAACUGUGUAUGUUACUCAUGAACACUGGAAUUGUCCAUAUUAUAAAGUAAAUAUUUGAAAGAUUGCUGUGCAUGUAAACUUUAACUAGACAUGUUUUAAAACAGAAUCCAACUCUGGUGAACCUCCUUGGUCUUAAUGCAUGCAAAAAAUGUCACAAUAUCCAGAUUUAGCAAAAGACCCUAAUGGGAUUUUUUUUUUUCUUCAAAUCUUUGUUUCAAGUUCCACAAAUUCAAGGACUAAAUCCUUUUGUUGUUGAAGUUGUUCAUACGUUUAUUUCUGAAAAAUCACCGUCAAAAAUAGUUUAAUGUCCCCCUAUGAUAUAGAAAUACAUGAAAAGGUUUUUUUGUUGGUUUAGCAGAAAAGCCAAAUGUGACAGUUUUCAUCAUUUAUUUAUGUGUAAAAAUAAUUCGAGGGGCGUUUGGGGGAAGUUCUCUCCUGGUUCAGGUCUUUUUACAAAACAUUUUCAUUAUUUUCUGAGCAGACCGUCCACCGGCUGAACGCAUCGGAGGAUCGCACAGCCCGUCAAAACAAUAACACUAGAGGUCAUUAAAACAAAACAACCACAUUGAAAUAAGACCAGCGUCGGAGAAAGACGAGACUAUCAUUAUAAAAUGUAGCAAGCUUCUGUAGUUUCAUAGAAGUUCACUUUAAAAUGUUAUUUUUUAUUUUUUUGCUUUCUGCUAUGGAAGACACUGAAAAAGACACUAUGGGAAGUUGCUAAGAAAGGGCUUGAAGUGAGUCGGUAAAACUUGUGCUGUUGGUGUAAUUCAUCUCAGAUAUCACAGAACAAAAGUUUCCAUUGGCAGAUUUUAUCAGACAGCUUCCAUAAUUACAAGUUUUCUUUUUUGUUGUUGUUUUUUGGGGGGAUUUUGAGGAGGUAAAACACGUUACUGCUCCGCCUCCCAAAAGAGAGCUCUAGUUAGUGCGCUCGUGUGCGUGUGUGUGUGUGUGUGAGAGAGAGUGUGAGACAGAGAGCGUGAGGGCACCUUGCCAAAAAUAAAUAGAUGCUGUGUUUUGUCACUGAUCCACAACUCACCAGUCGGCUGAACUCCGGUUGAGUAGCUCUGUGCUCCACUGGUCAGGCCUUCCCACAUCCUGCGCCACCCAACUAUGUCCAGCCAGUAAGCUAUCGUUUCAUAAACCUGUAGAAAAAUGUUUCUGUUUGGCAUAUUUUAAUGCCAAAACUAUUUACUAUCCUCUUUUUAUAGACAUGUUAGAGGAGCGCUGCUUGUCAGAUGGCUAAGAUCAAGUUCAGAUAAAAGACUCGGAGCAGACGGGAGUUUAUAUGGAAGCACAGCGCUGGCAAAAGUAUUCACACUUUGAAAUGUUUUAUUUUAUUUUUGUAUUUUUGGAAACCACGUGCAUUAUAGAUCUGAACUUUUAACUGGGAUGUUGUAACAUAAGAAUAUCCAAAACUCUUUGUUUCCUGGGCCGAAAUUGUGAUCUCAGAAGUAACAGCGAGCCAAAAAAUUUAGAAUUUGCACCAAAAAUGUUGUAAUUUCUUUUUAACCUUCUCAUCAAUAAACUAAACAUGAACUAUUUUAAUUAAACAAAAAAUUUAAUUUUGUUUUUUGGCAAUCCAAAACUGUUUUUGAAUCCGGUUUGCCUAUUAUUUUGGGUUCAAUUGAGAAAGAACACUGAACAACUGUUCCGUCUGUUCUCUGCAGUAAAAACGGUAUUGAGGUCAGUCUUGAUUUGGAAAAACUUACUGCAUUUGGCCAAGUUUUAAUACAGCAAUUAUAAGUAGAUUUGGUGUGCUUUAGAGUAUCAGUUGAUGAAUACAUGAGGUCCUAGUUACCAUGGUGAUAGAAGGAAACCAGGAAAGCUUGGAAAAUAUUGUCACUUUGUAUCGAUUCAAAACAUUUUUGUAAGUAGAUUUGGAUUUAAAAGUCGUAGAUUUGGAUUUAAAAGUCGUAGUUUUGUCCUAAUUUAUUCCGGAGUUGUGGUCCGCAAAUGGCCCCCGGGCCUCACAUUGAACACCCAUUCUGUUGUAGCACCGGCUGAACGUACGCAGCGUUUUCAUCCGGGCCAAAAAUUCGAAUUUUAGUCCCUUCAGACCAAACCGCCUGCUUCCGUGUACCAUGGCAAAGGAAGCAAAAGUUUAAAGGGGUGUGAAUACUUUUGCAAAGCACUGCUUCCCAGCAUUCCCAGAGCUUAUCUGUGAAUCUUUAUCGACCGUCUGAGAGGCGCGACACAAACCCCACGCCGUCCACGCCUCCUUGCCGCUCGACCAUGUAAUCCGAACACAAGUCCAAGUGUUUUAACAUACAAAGUUAAAAGUGUCGGCUGUUUUCUAAAGUAUAUGAAGCUAUGGAGAAGUAGAUCUAACACUGUACCUAGGUCACAGAUCACUAUGUAUGGGGGGAGGGUGUUAUGGUUUCACUCGUAAUACCGUCAAUUUAAGGCAGAUUUAUCGAUGUAUGUUGUCCUUUUUCUUUCAUUACUUGAUUGUGUGUAUGCUGACAUGUCUGCCAUCUGCACCGCAGUAUAUACAGUAUUAAUUGUUUUUUUUUUUUUUGUGAUCAAACUGGAUUUUAUUUUCUGAACAUUAGUGCAUAUAAGCUGACAGGCUGUCAGAGUAUCCAACUCUAAAGCCACAUCUUGUAAAGUCCCCGUUAAAAAAAAAAAAAAAAAAAAAAUUAGGUUUUGUUCUCCCCCGGCUCUAUCUCAUCUCUCAUAAAUGUUUAUGAUGUUCCACUUAUCAGUACGUGGCGGGGUUUCAUCGAGAGCACACACGUUACCAUUUAUUCCAUGGUGAUCUUAGUUGUAGCUUUUGUACACUUUUCACUACAAGUAGUUCAUAGAUAAGCUGUAGCUCGAGAGGAUUUUUUUUAAUAUAUCCGUAUACUCACGUUUUAAGGUGCAUAACUAACUUCUUAGAUCCUGUUUCUUCUUGACAAAAUUUCUCAGCAGGUGCCUCUUAUUACACAGUAACAGUCCUUUAACCGCCAGCCGUCCAAACGUUGCGUUCACGUACCAUCAGUUCGGUACCGUGAAGUGUAACUUUCUGGAGAUUACAGGUCAGCGUCAGCUACACGUCCCCGUUAUGCGACUCGUACAAAUAAAUGGAAGAAGAAAAAAAAACAAAAAUCAUGAGUUGGCUGUGUGUUAUUGUUGGGUUGAAAUCAACAUAAGCUGAAGUCAAAAUAAAACAUUUCAGGGAAUUAAGGAGGAAAAAAAACCGUAAAUCUUUUUUGUUGUUCUUCUUCUUUAAACCCCUCAUGGCUUUGCUUCAUAUUUAUCUCUGCAACUCUUGGAUCUACAUUGUAUCCUAUUCAGGUAUUUUUGUACAAAUAAGGGACUGAUAUAUUCUCUGUUUAAUGGAAAGUAGAAUAAAAGACAUAAUUGCUAUAAACCAAA